CAAGAAACAAACGUACACUUUCGUUAAAAGUCCUAGAGCAAUAUUGCACAUGCAGAAAAAGUACAGAAAUCCACCGAUUAAUGUGAGAGAGAGAGAGAGAAAUAAGAAGAAAGAGUAAAUACAAGAAUGAAACAUCAAAUUCACUUUCAAGAUUACUUUGUAAAUGAGAUUGAAUUCCUGCAAUACCUGUAAGGUACGAGACCCAUCGAUUUUCUGCUAAAGUUCACUGAAAGGAUAUUACAUUGUUCAAACGUCAAGAUAAUGAAGAGUAUAAUAAAUUAACGUAUAAUCUCGCUAUGCCAACUGGAAUUUCAUCAACAUUGGCGUCAACCGCAAAUGUCAAAUCAUUUGAUUGUGAAAGAAAACAUUCAGGAGCUUUUACGAUUGUACAGAGAGACAAUUUAGGAUCGAUUUUACCUGUAGUACAUAUAAACAAUGAUAAUGAAGAGACAAAUUCAGGUAGAAAGUUGACAACUAGAGUGGACAACGUAAAGGACGAUCUUUAUACUCGUAGACGUAUUUGCAAAUCAAACGAACAUUUGUUUUUGGCGAGUCUUCAGGGUAAUCAGAUCAAUCCGUUGGAUAAAAAACAACGUACGAAGAGUCAAAAUAGUCUUGAGGAUGAUGACAAACGUCAAAAAAAGGAGAAUAAUUUGUUCGGAAAUGUGGAAAGAACUAGUAUUCAUCUUUCUACGGAAAAUUUCAACGAUGUACUUAACGCAAAGUUGAGAAAAAUUCAAGAAGACGAUGAAUCUUUACAAAAGUUACGUGGUGACAACACCAAGAGAAUUUCUCACGAAUCGAUUUCUCACGAACGUAGAAAGCCCUUUAUAACUACGGUUAAGUGCGGAGAGUUCUUAAUGCCACCACCGGAAGUAGCGGCACUUCUUGGCAUUGGCCCGAUCACGAACAUUCCGUCGGACAAUGCUGGUGGAACAAUAGGACAAACAAUCAUUUCUCAGAACGAUGAAAUUGAUAAUUGGCAAGGUCCUUCCCGUUCUAAACUGAAACCUUUGGUAUCGUUCGGCAAGAAACCAGAAGUACGUCAUAGCAAACACAAGGCAAGAUGUCAAGCGGCUGCGGCGGCAGCCAUCAAGGCCACCGUUAAUUUUGCACUUGACAAGACCAACGCAACUACCCUUGCUUUCUAUUCUUGUUCUGAACAACGUGCUAAGAGAAACAUGAAGUCUUCGAUCAGAGUCGACGGCCUAUUACUGAUGACACCGCGAGGUUUACCGAAAAAGUUGGAACCGAUCAAGGGCACGAUGCUGAAUAAGCUGCCUGGCCUUCGCGGCUGUGAUCAAACGGUCCCUUUUGGAAAUAUCAUGUACGAUCGGCGAGUGAUACGUGGAAGUACUUUCGCAGCCCCACCUGCCCUCAUCGAUGGAGAGCAAUCGAUAGCGGCAAGGCAAGCGGAAGCGAGAAGAAGACAUUUGGCAAGAAAAAGGGCGCAAGCACAAAUUUGUAGAGUCAUUAGAUCAGGAUCGCCACCGGCAGUCCCUGGCCGCAAGCACGAACCCGUCCAAACUGAGUUUUAUCUCGAGGAAUUGUUUGAGAAACCUGAUGAACUCGAGGUUGGCACACAAACCGAUUACUUCCUGGACAGGCCACCUACGCCAAAGUAUUGUCUUGUAAAAACCGGUGAGGAUGUCUCGACACAAAUCGAACCAGGAGACCUAUUCGAUUUCGAUCUUGAAGUACAGCCAAUUGUCGAAGUAAUCGUUGGUAAGACUAUUGAGCAAGCUUUGAUCGAGGUCUUAGAGGAAGAAGAAGUGGCAGCUUUACGAGAACAACAAAGAAGAUUCCGAGAAUUACGAGCUGCUGAGAAAGCCGAAGCAAACAGAUUGAAAGAACAAGAGAGAAGACUUCGAGAGGAAAAAGAUUUGCGCUUGAGACAACAUGAAGAAGCAGUGAAAAUUCAACAAGAAACAGAAGAUCGUGUCGCUGCUGCUGUUUUACUAACAGGAUAUAUAGCUGAACUUUUACCAGCUGUUUUAGAAGGUUUAAAAAUGUCUGGAUUUCUUCUUGAUGAGAUAAAAGCAGAUGUCGAGGAAGGUUUUAUGCCAUGGUUGAUGAAGGAAGUUAAAAAGGAGAUGGGUAAUAUGAUCGAAAGCAGAGAGUUGCUAAUGGUAAUUAUCAAAGAAAUAUUGGAAAACAGAGUAGAGACGUAUAGAAGAUUAGGUGAGGAGUAUGAUGGCCUUUCUGAAAGACGAAUAUCUGCCGACGAUAAUCAUUUGGAAGACGAAAAUAUUAGUCAAGAUGAAAAUUUUGUUAAUUACGAAGAACCAUUCUUUUUAAAGAAAUAAUAAUAAUAAUGAACAAAAUUAGGCCUGUCUACUACGUGCUCUGCUUUCAUAUUUUUUUCUUUUAAUUAUUCUUAAUAAUUAUAUUUCAUAUUUUAUAUUUGUGUGUGUGUAUGCCUUCGAAAAUUCCUGUAUAUUUUAUAAAGCAAUCAUUUAAUUAAGUUUUAAUAAAGGACAAUCAAAACGAA